GAUAUGGAUUUUCAUCCUCCACAAGUUAGCCCGAUUUCAUCUUAGGUUGCAUCAUCAUUUACCAUCAGGUGAGAUUGUAGUCAAGGGCUAACUUGUAGAGAAUAAAAAAAUAUACUCUUACAAAAGAUUUAAAAUACGUGUGCAUCGAAGGAUCUGUACCAGAAACAAUAGAUUGUUGUUGUUGCUAUCGUUCGUUAUUGUGAAUUUUCAUUUAACCUUUUCAGUGGACACGUUGCAAAAAUGCAGUAUUAAAAAUGACAAAUGCCUCAGUGAAAUGUAUACAAAUGUUCUACUUAAUAUCGGCUCAACGGGUAUCCCGGAAAUAAAUGUACCUCCCAUAGACCCCUUCAAAUUUACGAAUAUAUCAGUAAAGGUAUUGGAUGCGGUUACAAUAACCCAGAAAGAUGGAGUAGUUAAGGGAGUCAGUAAAUGUCAAAUAAAAAAAUUCCAUAUCGAUUUGGAUAAAAAAACCGGCACUCAGGAAUUUGUUUGCGACCUAAUAGUCACAAGUAACGUCAAAAUCGAGGGUUCGGGUCCAGCAAUACAAGCACUCUUUGGAACAGCUUCAUUCAAUGGCGUGGGGAAUGGAAAAGUAAAACUUGAAAAGUUAUUCAUGCACUUUGAUUUUCCAAUCACCCCUUUCAAAAAAGAAGACGGCAAAAUAUAUUUAAAGGCAUCAUACGAAAAAGCAAAAUACGAAUUUGAUGUUGAAAAAGCAACUUUUGGAGCUGACAAGAUAACGGUUGGGUCACAAGAUAUCGGUCAACUCAUUAUUGAUUUUUUAAACCAAAAUUUUAAACCAAUGCUGAAGACUUUGGGUGGCCCGGUUUUUGGAAAAGCUUUGGAGUUCUUUUUCAAAUUUUCCACAUUGUUCUUCGAAGGCGUGCCGACGAAUAAAUACAUCACCGAAGAUCUAACAAGUUAUAUUUCAUAACAAAUAUACCUGCUAUAGAAAACAAACCUGUUAUUAGAUAUUAUUAAUAAAUAAAAAGUGUUA